AUGGAUUUAAAUGACUUGGUGAAAGCAUUUGAAGAAAAGUUUGGCGUUUCAGCAGCAGCGGUAGCCGUAGCAGGUCCUGCAGCGGCAGCGGCAGUUGCUGAGGAAAAAACCGAAUUUGAUGUGAUUUUGGCCGAUGCCGGCAGCAAUAAGGUUGGCGCGAUUAAAGCCGUGCGUGAACUCACGGGCUUGGGCUUGAAAGAAGCUAAAGACCUCGUUGAAGCAGCACCUAAAGCAGUAAAAGAAGGUGUUGAUAAAGCGACAGCUGAAGAAGCUAAGAAAAAAUUAGAAGAUGCUGGUGCGAAAGUCGAGCUCAAAUAA